AUGCCACGUAGGUCUACUUAUAUCAGUGCAUUCAACCUAACCAUUUCGAAACUUCUAUUCGAUCAAAUAAGCCUCAGGUAGUAAAUGAGCAAUAAUUGUUUUUUUUUUUUACAUACAAUUACAUACAAAAAUUCCUCACUUAGUGGGUUUAUUUCGUGGAAAGAUUUUAGGUGGAGUAAAAUCUCUCGCUCCUCAUUUUCCUCUCUGUUCUAGCGCAGAGCUCGGUGCUUCUAGCAAGUGUAAACAAAAGGAAAUUGACAUCUUGCAGUCUUGCAUAUCUUGGAAAGGCAAUCGGCGGAUCAAGGUUUUUACUUGUUGAGUAAAUCGCUAGCUAUAUUUACAUACUAGUGUGUUAUUUGAGUAUUCAAUUUUUGUGUAUUAUCCUCGCGCAUUUUAACUUGAGCUUCAGAUUGAGCAGAAGAAGUGGAAGUCAAAACAUGGUGGAGACACGCACAGUACCGUUAGAGUCCUUGGAUGACAGCUCCGAUGAUGAACCCCUAAUUGCAUUAGUAAAGAAGAAGCCGCAGCACAUUGAACACAAUGGGACUCAGGGUGAAAAAGACCAGAACCGACAACCUGAACCUGAGUCAAAGAAUAGCACUAGAAAAGAUUCUGGGUUGGAUGACACCUCAGAUGAUGAGCCCUUGACGAAGUUGCUGAAUAAACUUUCCAGAGCUAAAAAAGCCACUGUACAAGCAAAGAGGCCAGGGACUACUGAUAUCAAAAGAGGAACAGGUAAUGGCAUCAAGAAGACAAACAACAAAUUCACAGGUGGGAACCCCUCUCAUGUAGGCUAUGCCCUGAAUAUUGUACAACACACACACAAACCCACACAAUACUAUUCUGAAUGGAAGGAGGUAUCAAUUUAUUUAGUCUUUGUCAUAAUUGUAGGUUCAACCCAGAAUGAGGACUCCUAUGAUAGCUCAGACGAUGAGCCCUUGAUAAACAUGGUUAGAAAGAUCCCUAAACAGACAUCAUUGCCAUUCAAAAAGAGACCCUUCAACACAGCCAGAGAGGUGAACGAUGUGAAGAAGCGCAGAAAUAGCUCACAGAACACUAAUAAAAUAAGCACAGAUUCAUCAUCAGGUGACAGCUCAGAUGACGUGCCCCUGAUUAACAUGGUUGACAAACUCAAGACACAAAUGCGAACGAAGACACCCACCACUACAGCCAGAAAAACACCUGGCAUUAAAAAGCACAGAAAAGUUUUUAAAAAACACAACAGGAGUAUAGAGACCUCAGAUGACAGCUCUGAUGAUGAGCAAUUAAUAAAUCUGACCAAGAAGUCUCCAUCUAAAGAGACUGAAAGUAAAAUACUGACGAGGUGUGUCACUAAGGAAUCAAACAGCAACAACUGUAAUAAAAGUGAAGGGAAAAUGAGCCGAGAGGAAGAAGUGAGUUCUGAUUCGGAUGAUAAGCCCUUGAUAAAUCUAGUCAAGAAGCCCCUUAAAGCUGUAAAGAAGACCACGACACCAUUAAAGAAGAGGAGCGUAUCAGGAAAGACUGUGGGAGCCAGAAAGAAGACGAGACCAGACAUUAUGAACAAAGCAGUCAUCAGACGGACCACCAAAGUUGUUCAAAGAACACGUGAAGCUUUAUCAGGGUCUUUGGAUGACAGCUCAGACGAUGAGCCCUUGAGGAAAAAGAUGGUGAGAAAUCCACAAAUGAAGAGCCUAAUGGUGAUUCUGGAGAGAUGUGACACUAAAGAAGUCUUGGAAGAUAACUAUAGAGACAACGUGGGAAACACUGGUAAAAGAAGUGCAGGGGAUAAGGAGAACUCCGAUGAUGAACUCUUGAUAAAGAUGGUCACGAAUCCCCCGCAUUCUUCACCAGAAACUAUGGCAGAGAAGGAAAAUAAGUCACAAACUGCCCUUACGAUGAACCUUUGAUAAAGAUGGUUGGAAACCCAAAGUCGUGUUCAAGGGAUAUUAUAGAUACUGGAAUAGUGACUUUGUUUUGGGAAAACGUUGAGUAACAAAUUUGCCGGGAAGAUGGCACAAUUGUUACUGACACAAUAACCCCAUUUUUUUUAUUGCAUGAGUUUACAGUGUUAUGGUGAAAAGAAAUAUGUGAAUUGUCUAAAUAUUUUGGUGAUCUGGAAUCACUAUUUUCAUGUUAGAAUUUUUUAGUGUUUUAAAUUUUGUAACUUUUUUUAUAAUUUUUAAAAAUAUUUUUUUACCACUUGGAUGCUGGUGGUUUCAUGUCUAUAGCAUAUUUAUAACCAUGCAAAUUUUGACUCACUCAAUAUGUCAAAUUUUUAAUUGUUGCCAAUACUGUCUCCAGCAUAAGGAAUUAUAGAGUACAUUUGUGUGAUCGAAUGCAAUACCUUCCUCCUCCGUAUUCCUUUUGGCUGGUAUGGGCCAUCCCUGGAAGCAGUACUAUACAUUGUAAAUGUUCUUGUUUCAGUCCAAGUAUAAGGGCGCUGCCAUUCAAUUGUGAGAUUACAUUUCUUUUGUUGUAUUAUUAUUCAUGAAUUGAUUUGUUUUCAACAAUUUUAUUAAAAGAACAGAAGUUUC